AUGGGUUUAACUGAUAAAUUAAAAGGAAUUACCAAAUCUGACGCUGAAAAUGCCAACGAACAAGCUGGUAAAUAUACUGGCAAAGAUGGUCAAAAAGGAACUGAUGUAGCUCAAGAAAAAUACCAACAAUACCAAGGUAAAGGUGCUUCAGGUACUGGUGCAUCAGGUGCUGGUGCUGGUGCCGGUACAGCAGGUGCUACUGGUGCAGGUGCAGGUGCCGCAGGAGCUGCUGGAGGAUAUGGUGCUGGUUCAUCAACCUCAGGUACUCAAUCAGGUUAUGGAAACCAAACUGGUACUACUUCAGGUACUCAAUCAGGAUAUGGAAAUCAAACUGGUACUACCUCAUCAGGAUAUGGUAAUGAUUCAACUACUGGUUACGGUAACCAAUCAUCAGGUACUUCAACUGGAUAUGGUGACAAAUCAUCACAAGGAGCUUAUGGUAACCAAUCACAAACUGGUGCUUACGGUAAUCAAUCAGGUUCAACUUCAUCUGGUUAUGGAAAUGAAUCAUCAACUGGUCACCAUCAUGGUUCAUCAGGACAUCAUACUGCUGGUACUGCUGCCACUGGAGCUGCUGGUGCCGCUGCUUAUGGUUCAUCAGGUUCAGGUUCAGGUCAUCACUCAGGAUCAACUGGUUACGGUAACGAAUCAUCAAACUAUGGUUCAGGUUCACAAUCAGGAUAUGGUAACCAAACUUCAUCAUCAGGUUACUCAUCAGGUCAUCAAGAUGCUUCAAAACAUGCUCCAUCAACCACUUCAGGAGGUGCUACUGGUGCUUAUGACAACAAAGGAUACACCAACGCUCACGAUUCAGGAUACUCUCACUCAUCAUCAGGUCAAACUGGUUCAAAUUACGGUUCAUCAACCACUGGAGCUGCUACUGGUGCUGGUGCUGGUUAUGGUUCAUCAACUGGUUCAACUGGUCACCAUGGUUCAUCAACUUCAGGUCACCACUUCAAAACCGGUAAUGAUUCAUUAGAUGCUAAAAUCUCAAAAUUACCAGAACAUUUACAAAAAGAAGCUCAUCAUGAAUUCCAAAAAGGUUACGAAGCUGCUAAAUCUCAAUACAGAUCAUAA